CUGCUCUGUUGCUUAAGCUGCGCCUCUUUCCACAUUCCUUCUCUCCCAGGCACACGCCCUAUGACAAUGAAAAAAAAAUUGGCUGGAGUGAGAAGUUAAAUCACGGAAAAGAUAUGUGUUACUGGUUAAUCUAGCGCAGGACUGAGGAGGAGCAUCUGAGCGAGAGAAGGAGCGCAGUUACUUUACUUUUGUUUUCCUGUCCUAACGAUAUGGAGGGCGCCAUCAAGACAUUGGUGACCACAUUUCUUAAUUCUUCCAGGGGGAAGGAAAACCUAGACAGCGGUGCCUUCAAUAAACUAGUAAAGAAACAGCUUGGUGGCCUCAUGGAGAAUGCAAGCUGCUCCUCUGCCGUGAAGGAGAUGCAGAUGGGACUGGAUGCCAACCAAGAUGGAAAGAUCAGCUUCGGGGAGUACCUCAGUCUGAUUGGCUCACUGGCCAACUCCUACAGUGAGAUCAAGACUGGAACCAGUCAAGAUGCAUCAUAGAAGCUUGGAUCAGCAAAUUAACCUUUUUUUAAAAAAAAAAUCUUUUUUUGUAUUUUCUAAGUAUCUUUUAUCAUCUCUGAAUGUUAAAACAUAACCUUUUUUUCUGCAACAGUCCAUAGUCACUUUCAUUCAGCUAAAAAACAACUACUAUAAUGCUCUUAAUGUCUGUCCAGAUCUGCCUUUUUUCAGUCACACCAUAAUGAUGUUAACUGUCAGGGACACAUUGAAGGACUCUAAGCGGGGAGUGUCUUUUUUUAUACCAAUUUCACAAAGAUACUUGCUUUAUUGUCAAAAUAAAAGCUUUAUGUAAGAAAAA